CAAAAAGAAUGGGAAAGAUGAACUUUGUGGAGAUGCGUACAUUCUGGCACAUUUUUCGAAGUUUUGAUAGAAUGUGGACAUUCCUUGUUCUGGCAUUACAGGUCAUGAUCACUGUUGCUUGGAAUGGAUGUGAGUCCCUAGAGGAUAUUUAUCAAAAGGAUAUAAUACCAAUGGCAAAUGCACAUACUGCGAACGACGCAGCUGCCGCUCAGCAAAGCGUAAAAGCUAAUCGGCUAUCCAUUCCGGUUGAAGCGGCAGCCAUGAGUCGCCUGUGUGAAUAUUUGAAAAGAAUAGACAACACAGAAAGUUACAAAAAUCGGAAAGAUUAAAUA